UAUUGAGAAAGAUCCAGCCCCCCUCGUCCACUCACUGGUAUGCAAGUGAGCAGCGACGUCUGCUUCUGGAGACUUUUACCUUGGUUAAUUUCUAACUUGUGUUACUCUUCCAGCUGCAGACAGCAGAAUGGCUGAACUCAAGUACAUGUGUGGUUUUGGGAAUGACUUCUCCUCUGAAGACCCUCGCUGCCCUGCAUCGCUACCAGAAGGACAGAAUAAUCCUCAGGUGUGCCCAUAUGGACUUUAUGCUGAGCAGCUCUCAGGCUCCGCCUUCACCUGCCCGCGACCGGCCAAUAAGAGAAGCUGGUUGUAUCGCAUCCUCCCGUCCGUCAAACAUAAGCCGUUUCGCCCCGUGCCCUGUGGGAACCUGACGGAAAACUGGAGUGAGAUGGAGCCUGACCCCAACCAGCUGCGAUGGCGCCCAUUCUCCAUCCCCAAAUCUACGGAAGUCGACUUUGUGGCGGGUCUGCACACUCUCUGCGGCGCCGGGGACGCCAGAUCUCGCAACGGCAUCGGCAUCCACGUGUACGCCUGCAAUGCGCCCAUGCUCGACAAAUGCUUCAACAACUCUGAUGGCGACCUUUUGAUUGUACCCCAACAGGGGGAGCUCUUGAUCACCACAGAGUUUGGCAAGAUGAUGGUGGAGCCUAAUGAGAUAUGUGUCCUUCAGCAAGGGAUGCGCUUCAGCGUGGACGUGUUCGGGGAAACCAGAGGCUACGUCUUGGAGGUGUAUGGCGCUCAUUUUGAGUUACCUGACCUGGGACCCAUAGGAGCCAACGGUCUUGCCAACCCGAGAGACUUCCUGUGUCCCGUAGCUUGGUACGAGGACCGAGACGUGUCCACCGGGUACACCGUCAUCAAUAAGUACCAAGGGAGGUUCUUUGCUUGCCAACAGGAUUUCUCCCCGUUCAACGUGGUCGCCUGGCACGGCAACUACACGCCCUACAAAUACAACCUCAACAACUUCAUGGCCGUCAACUGCGUGGCCUUUGACCACGCCGAUCCAUCCAUCUUUACGGUGUUGACCGCCAAAUCCACAAGACCCGGCGUGGCCAUCGCCGACUUUGUCAUCUUCCCCCCGCGCUGGGGCGUGGCUGACCACACCUUCCGGCCACCGUAUUAUCACCGCAACUGCAUGAGUGAAUUCAUGGGCCUCAUCAAGGGACACUAUGAAGCCAAAGAGGAGGGUUUCCAGCCUGGAGGGGGCAGCCUGCACAGCAUGAUGACCCCCCAUGGCCCCGACGCCGACUGUUUUGAGAAGAACAGCACUACUGAGCUCAAACCUGAGAGGGUGGCUGAAGGAACUAUGGCGUUCAUGUUCGAGUCAUCCUUCAGCAUGGCUGUGACCAAGUGGGGUCUGGAGACUUGCCAGAAGCUGGACAAGAGCUACUAUCAGUGCUGGGAGCCUCUCCGCAGACACUUUAAUCCUAACUGGAAGCCCAGCAAACACUAGGAAGAACAACAAUGUAGUAACUAUACCAAAGGUAAAAAUAUCUCAACUUCUAAUUAGAAUUAAACUCCAUGUGUUUGUACUUGUGCGUCAUGCUACAUUGGUACUAAAUAUUUGGUGCAUAAUUUAUGCAGCUUGGAAUUGCAUAUCAAAUGUACUAAAUUCAACAUAAUUAUACAGCCUGACACUUAAAUUACAAAAGGCUUGAGAGUAUUACCCCAUAAUUGCCACUUGUAGUAGGCAGGAAAAGGUUACGCACUAGCAGUUGUGCAUCCCUUUAAUUAACGCCCUAAAGUAGGUUUGCAUUGAGUCUUGGAGUGAUUCUUGAAUACAUUACUGCUCAUACACAACUUGAUGUGUAUACAAUUAAAACAUGUGUGAUUCCCAUCUUUUCCUGAGCACAUAAAGCCACAAUGAAUGUUUAUGACAGUUUAUUUUGAUAUAAUAAUCACCAGUAUGCGCACAAACAUGAGGACACACACAGCAGGAGGUCAUUGUACAGCAGAGCUCAAGAUGACAAGCUGAACUUGCGUACCAGAGUUCCAUCUUUAAUACGCUUCUCUCUAUUGUCCUGUAACAAAACAGAUGACUGUCAUUUUUACAACAGCGAAUCGUCACAAUAAAGGGAAGAAUGAUAUGUCAACACAAGCAUUGUGCCUAUAUGAAGUGAAGUACAAAUACUGUACUUUUGCACCAAAAGUCACUUAAAAUGCACAUCCAUUUCAGCCAAAACACACAAAAUAUGUAACACUAUUGUCUGCGUUGUAAUUUCACAAUUUCCCUCAUGACAAGCUACAAUUUAAUAAUGAUGCUCACAGAAUGCACAUACCCGAUCUGUCUUGAAGAUGUAGUAGAAGGCGAAGACAGGAACAAUUCCAAACAUGACGCCAAUGAGAGACGUCUUAUUGGUGAUUCUGAAGUGGUUGUAAGGGUUGAUGCGGGCGGACACCCAGCGUGUCACCGCAGGGUCAUGCUGUAAGAAAAUAUGUAUUGACACCAAGUCUUGCCAGGAUAGAUGAUAAUGCAAGUAAUUGUAUAUACAGUGGAAAUUGUAUAGCACAGGUUUGAUGUUGUCAUAACCAAAACUAACCAUUGCUUUUAUAUUUACUUCUAACUUUGGAUAAAGACAUGAGAAUGGACAAUGAAAAAUGUGUCAAGUGCAUAUUUUUAUAUCUUUCUAUUAAUGAUAUAGCGACAGGAAUAUUGUGGGGCAGUGACGUUUGCCUGCUAGUUAGAGCUGCCAACCCAGGGUGAAUUAAAGUGAGGAGUGUCUCUUGCUGUGAUGAAAUAAUACAGUGCUGUUUUGGAAACACCACCUCAUUAUAUCUAACAGAGCUGCUGCAGUAAUUAUAUUUUUAAAUACAAUGACAAUAAAGCUUUCAAACAUGCAUUUACUCCGUUGGCUAAAAAAUGUUUGAUGGGUGCAUUUUGCUACUUUUUGUGGUAUGAUUCA